AAUGUCAACUGUGGGUGGAGCUCUGCAAUAAUAUGCUAUUCUGAAACAGAUCUAUUCAGCUCAGUGCUUGUUCAUCGGUGGUCUGGACAAGAGACGGAUAAACCUAGCCUACGGCCGGAGUAGACAAUCCCUGACAUUCUGUAACGUUUCUUUGAGAACGAUAUCCUUUGUCAGUGUGGCUGCGGUGCGCGCGCGCUCAGGAGCAGUUUGCCUGCAUCAGAUGAAGUCAUGGAUAGAGAACGAUGAAGUCAUCGCCAGGUCCUUGAGGGUGCAAUUUUAGAUUUCCCCAAUGAACAAUUUGAGGGGUUACCACGGUAGGAUAUGCGAGAAAACACAGGUCAUGAUCAAAUACAUCUAGUAUGCUGUCAUUCAAAAGCCCAUCUGUUUACGGGCAGUCAUAAAUUGGAGACUGCUGUCCGAGACCAUAUUCAAAUUAAUUGACGAUGAUUUGUGCUUAUUGGUUGCGAGAUAUAAAAUGCCAUGAAUCCUAAGCAUGCGUGGACAAAGUAGCCGAGACUGAAACAUCGUAAGGAUGCGCUCGUUUUGGAAACAUAUCAAAGUGCGAAAUAAAACACAUUCCAAAAUACACAGUUUAACUGUCGUUAAUAGUAAUUGCACAACACAGUAGAAGCCAUGGAGACAUUUCUACAGAUUGCGCCUCAUUCAUUGGCGUUGGUGAUGUCUCGAAUUGGCGCCAAGGAGGACUCACCUGCGGCCACUCAGAAGCACCACCAUCACCUGGGCUACGAGAUAUUUGCGGACUUCAAAGCUGUCAACAUGGAGCAAUUCUGGAAUAAGAAAGUGACAGAAGCCAUUAAGGAUACUUUCUUCCUUGGCUGGAUUGAUGAACAUGUCUUGCUGAUCCAAGGGAAAGAGGAUCACCUGGAAGUGCUCAGGGAAGCAUGGUCUAGACGGGCCCUCAAACCACCUGCAGGAUUUGACAUCAAAUUUAUAGGUGAUGUGUUCCCCAUCAGCAUGUCUCCCAUUAGCCAGUCUCAGUUCAUCCCACUGGGAGAGAUUCUGUGUCUGGCUAUCUCCGCCAUGAACUCUGCCCACAAACCAGUCACACACGACGCUUUGAUGGAGCACCUAACCACCAGCUUUCCAGGCGUUCCCACACCGAGUUCAGAGAUCCUGCGGCACACACUGAAUAUGCUGGUACGAGAGAGGAAGAUCUUCCCUUCGCCAGAGGGCUACUUCAUAGUUACCCCCCAGACCUACUUUAUAACCCCUUCCCUCAUCCGUAGUAACAGCAAGUGGUACCACCUGGAUGACCGGCUCCCAGAUUGGCAGCAGCAGCAACAGCAUUGUACCUCCCCACAGUCAGGCACAAUCACUCCCUCCACGCCAGGUUGCACCAUAGAAAGACCCAGUCGGAAGAACCACAAUGAAACCCACACUUCACACCAAGAUGACCCACCCAAAGGUCACACCUCUGGGGUCCAGAGUAAGGUGCACAAGGAGCCCAGGGGAGACCCUCCAUCAUAUCCCCAGCCCCCACCACCUCCAACUACCCCCCCAGUUCAGCCCUCACCUCCAACUCCCCCAGACAAGAACAAGGCUAUUGCACCCUUUUCCUAUAAAAUGGACACACUCACCAAAAAGAAGGAUGGCAGUGGUGGAAGCGUUGGCGGUAGCAUUAGCGAAAAGCAGUCAAAGAAGUUUGGGCUGAGGCUCUUUCGGCUUAGUUUCAAGAAGGACAAGAUGAGACAGCUAGCUACGUUCUCUGCCCAAUUCCCUCCUGAAGAAUGGCCGCUUCGCGAUGAGGACAUGCCACUGGCCUCCAUUCCCCGGGAAGUCGAGAUGGAGAUUAUUCGGCGGAUCAACCCCGACCUCACAGUGGAGAACGUGGCUCGACACACGGCCGUGAUGAAGCGGCUGGAGGAAGAACGGGUACAGAGAAACAAGGCCGGGUCCGCGGCGCAGCACAGCUCCCGUAGCAGGAGGGGCCGCGGGCACCGGAGGGUGCCACACGGUAAAUCUCGCUCGCAUAGUAAAACACGUCCCUCUCGGUGUGACCCUUCCGACAUCUCCAACCUGGACUUUGCAAUAAGGGACAGGGAUUACCGCUUCUUCAGCCAUUCCCUUGUGCGCUCGCCAAGGGAGGCCAUGUAUACCUUGGAGCACAGGCGUAGUAGGGAAGGAGUGUAUUUGGUUCACAGCAAUCCCAACAUCACUGAUUCUCACUGUUCCGUCACUCCUGAGUGGGAUGUGUCUGGGGAGCUGGCCAAAAGAAGGACAGAGAUGCCGUUCCCUGAACCUUCGCACGGAACAUCCCAGUCCAGGGUGCACAGGAGCCACAGUCACAACUUAGACAGGAAGUCCCGUAAUGAGAGGACGGACCAAGCCAAGGAGAGAUCUCGCUCCAUGGACAACUCCCUGGGCCCCCUUGGUGGCGUUGCUGUGUCAUUGGGAAGGUAUGACAGUCCAGAUGAGCGGAAUCGCUAUUGUACCGAUGAUGGAACCCUGCGGGCUACCAAGAAGUCAUCCCAUUACUCAAGGAUCAUGUUCACUGCUGCUAAGUACAACUCAGAAUUUUCUGUGCCUGAUAUAGGGAACAGGAGCUUGGAUGAGACGAGGAUUAGGACUACCCUUGAAAGGAACAAAAGUAGAGACAGUUUGCCGGCCUACAGUGAUCUGAAGGGACUGUCGCCCAAGCCCUUAGCAGAUGACUACUUCCAGUGCAAUACGUCGAACGAAACAAUCCUCACUGCUCCUUCCCCUCAGGCUAAAUCUGAGCAUGACACAUUGACCUCAACCAAGGGACUCCGGAAGGGCUCCCCGGCUGAUCGUCGGACCCCUCACCUCACCUCUCCACACACUAUGGAAUACAAAGAGGAAUUGUCCACAAAAGGACAAAAUGGGUCGAUGAGACCAACACCAAGUCAGACGCCAGAGCCCAACCCGAAUGUACGCUUGACUCCACACCUACACAACGUAGACCCUGGGGGGGGAGCCAGUUGUGUGGUGGACAAGCGCAAAGAGAUCUUCAGCAAAGACACUUUGUUUAAACCUCCACACAGUUCAUUGCCUCCAAGCUAUGUGGAAAGCAGCUGCUACACCAAGUCUGGCACAUUGCGAAAGGCCCCGCACUUCAAAUCAACAGAGGCCCUUGACAAUCUAGAUCCCCAGCAGCCUUCAAAUACAGCCACAGACCCACUGUCUGCUGUCAUGCCACAGGGCUCUGAAUCCAAGGCACCCUCCGCCUCGUUCGACUAUUACAACGUGUCAGACGACGAGGAAGCAGAGGACGACUUGUGUAAGGAGGUUGCUGCAGUGGAGGACAAAGACCGGGCUGAGGUCGGGGGUGGGGGAGGCACCGGUGGGACGAUGAAGUGGCUUCUGGAGCGGGAUAAGGAGCAUGAUCUGCAACGCAAGCUGGAGACAAAUCUGACUCUGCUCAGUCCCAAGGAGACUGAAAACAGCAGCAGCCAGAAGUCAGCUCACUCCGCUCGUCUGGACAGUAUGGACAGCAGCAGCGUAACUGUGGACAGUGGAUUUAACUCCCCCAGGACACGCGAAAGCCUCGCAUCCAAUACAUCAAGCAUUGUGGAGAGCAACAGACGACAGAACCCAGCGUUAAGUCCAGGCCAUAUCGGCAGCACCAGUAUUGGCCUGCCCUUCAGUUUUCCCUCCAUCCCAGAACCGCCCACGAACCCACAGCCUGAGAAACUACAAAAGUCCUCAAACUGUCUAGCCUCCAUUACCAGUGUCUGACAGAGAGGAUUGUCUACAAGAUAAGAGUUGGUGGAUGUGUAUGGUGGGUGAGUGAAACUAGGUGUGUAUUGGGUUGGAGAACUGGACAAGGACUGGGAAUCGUCUGGUUUUCCUCAACCCAUUGACAUAUCCUCCAUCACCUGAACAUCUAACUAUUGGGACUGUUAAAACAUUGGCAUGGCUUCCAGAGACUGUUGUCAGCAUCAAAAACUUCACAGAAAAAAAACUAACAAAAAAAUGUCAAAUAAAUAGAAACGGAAUAAGAAAAAACUUUUUUUACCCCACAGAAUGGCCAACGUAUAGGUCAAGAGAGAGAAAUGAACUAGGAGUAUCUUGAUUUGAAUUAGAUGAAUUUAUGUUUUAACUUAUUCUAACAUUCCUCAAUGUUAGUAUUGGGAGAGUUGUUAAAAGUUAAUUAAUUUACAUUUGGGAAUAUCCCUACUUUUUCAUGUAACAACUCUAUGUUCUCUUUCCCAAAAUAGCAAGAAUUCUUCAGGAUUCUCUUAACUGUAUGUUGAUGUAUCAGCACAAUGUCAAGCCAAUAAAAGGUGUUCUGAGAAUCAAGAAUGAAGUGUUUCAACAAGUAAAUAUACAGUAUAUUAUGGGAAUAUUAUUUAACCCUUAAUGUAAAAGUGGCUUUAAGAGGCAAAUAAAUAUUUAAUAUCACCAUAAUAUGUGUUGUAAGUGGCCUAGUUGAAGCUUUUGGUGUUGUCAAAAUGAUGUGCCUGUAAAGAACAAACCUGUGCUUGUUCCCAAUGCUGAUUAGUUCACUUCCUAUCCAAAAGUAACAAAUCUACUGUUUGUUUAGGAAACACGUGUUAACUUAUUGUGGAUGUACAGAUAGAGCCUCAUGGUUCGCAAUAAUUACACGACAACCAAUCAACAUGCAGGCCUGUAUUUGCUUGAUUAUUUCCAGUGUAAAAACAAAAGGUUUCAAGUUUUUGGGGAGAAUAGAGGUCACUGUACUGUGCGUCAUGAUCUGUGGUUUAGUCAAGCUUGGUUACAAUUGUUAGAAAACAAAGGACAAGAAUGGUGGUUCCUCACAGGCCCAGGUCAGUUACUUUUAAUUUCCUACUUAGCUAAUUAAGACAAAGCUUUUCACAGGCUAAACACCAUUUAUCCUGUAUAAAUUAAAUCUAUUCUUCUUCUUUGCUUUGGCUCCUAUUCAUACUGAACAACUUUGUGACUUCACCCUAAGAUGAAACCUAGUAUGGGAUGGAAUGAUACAGAUAGGAUUAUGUUGCUAGACGAUAGACUGUAUAAGGUACUUUUUCUCCCCACUUCUUAGUAGGAGACGAAGGAGACGGUUUUAAACUCCAAUGUCGCCCCCAGGUGGCCAAUUGCUUAGCUUGUUGCCCUCAAACCAAUGCACGAGUAUAACAACAGACUUCAUUUACACCCAUCUUUUAAGUUCAUCCUCACACUGUACUUUUGCAAAUGUGUUGCUCUAAUAUAUCAUUACUAUUCAUAAGUAACGGUUGGGCUAGUUUUUAUACUGAAACUAAGGAUUAUCAUAGUCCAGCCUAGAACUAUGACACACUAAAUUAUAUAAAGAAAA